GAUCUGAUUGGUUUCUAUAGGCAACUGGUCAACUUUUCCUCUGCACAUGUUUUGAUAAAUCUUCCCACAUUUGUAUAUUAUUCACAUAUCCAUAUUUGGGUAAAGCUUAGUGUUUGCAAAAACUUUAGAUUUUAAAUGGAAAAGGUACCGGAUUCUUCUGCAUCUUUGGAUAUCAAUCAACACAAGACAACUGAAUCCCGAAUACUACCUAGAAUGUAAAAAGGCAGAAGAGAUAUUCUUGCCAACAAUCUGGUAUUGAAGCUCAAGAGCAAAGGAUGUGGUUAUGCAUCAUACUUCUAGGUUUUGCAACCCUUGUGAACACACAGCAAGACUGCUCACGUGGAGGAUGUUAUCCUGCAAUGGGUGAUCUUCUUAUUGGAAGAACGGAAUACCUGAGAGCUUCUUCUACAUGUGGAAUGGAAAGACCAGAAACAUACUGCACACCAUUCGGAAAGGAACAGUUGAAAUGUUGUCGCUGUGAUUCACGAGAACCCUUUACAGCAGUGAGUCAUCGGAUUAUUAAUUUGGUCUCCCCAAUUGGUCAUCUUCGUUGGUGGCAAUCUGAGAAUGGAGUCGAGUCUGUUUCUCUGCAAUUUGACUUGAACAGGAAGUUUCAACUCAAUGAUGUCACUUUGGAUUUCAGGAGUCCCCGGCCAGCUGGCAUGCUGAUCGAGCGAUCUUCUGACCUUGGAAAGACUUGGCAGGUGUAUCAGUAUUUAGCUUUUAACUGUGCUGCCUUAUUUCCAAACAUAAGACAAGGCCGACCCCAAAACCUUGAGGAUGUGCGGUGUCAAGAGCUCCAUGGGAACCCAACACAUGGAGGCAAGGUACAAUUUAGCCCAAUGGCGAUGGCUUUCUCGGUUCCUAUAUCUAAAAGCCAACAAAUCCAUGAGCUUGGGCAAUUCACUAACCUGAGAAUCAACUUUACUCGGCUGACACACCUGCCCCCCGUGAGAUAUCGAGAACCCAAUGCAUUCUAUGCAGUCAAUGAGAUGCGGGUCCAUGGUAGUUGCUUCUGUUAUGGCCAUGCAGACCGCUGCAUCUCAGAGGGUGCUCUAGAAAGAGAUCCAUUUGGUGACAUCCAGAUACAUGGGACAUGUGCAUGCCAACAUAACACUGCUGGAGUGAACUGUGAACGUUGCGCUGACCUCUACAAUGACCUGCCCUGGAGGCCGGCUGAUGAAAACAACCCAAACGUGUGCAAACGCUGUAACUGCAACAAUCACUCCGACCAAUGCCACUUCGACCCUGCAGUAUAUGAAGCCAGUGGCAGAGUGAGUGGAGGGGUGUGUGAGGACUGUGCUGAUGGCACUACAGGGAACAACUGUGAGAGGUGCAAGCCGGACUAUUACAGAAAUCCAAACCGGGAAAUGAGCCAUAGGGAUGCCUGCAUCUCAUGUGAUUGUGAUCCGGAGGGCAGUGUGGAAGGUGGCAGCUGUGACCCUAUGAAUGGAAGAUGCAUCUGUAAAGAAAAUGUUGGCGGAGAACGUUGUGAUCAAUGCAAGCCAGGGUACUACCAACUGAAUGCUGCCAACCCACAGGGUUGUUCCAAGUGUGACUGCAACCCACAAGGCACUGAGAGAGACCAGCCAUGUGACAGUGAAACAGGACAAUGUCGAUGUCUUCCAAAUGUCGCAGGCCGGCAUUGUGACCAAUGCACCUCCCACUACUGGAAUAUUGCUAGUGGAAGGGGAUGUCAGAUGUGCGGUUGCCAUGCAAGGAAUUCUUACAGUCCUCAAUGUAAUCAGGUCACUGGGCAGUGUCUGUGCAGAGAGGGUUUUGGUGGUCAGCUCUGCUCGGAGUGUCCGGACAGGAUGUAUGGAACCCUACAGUCCGGAUGUCGAGAAUGCAACUGUAACUUCCAAGGAACACUUGAAAAUGGCUGUGAUAAAGCAACUGGGAAAUGCUUGUGCCGACCAGGAUUUGUGGGAGAACGCUGUGACUCCUGCCAAAGAGGCUACUCUGAUACUUUCCCCAACUGCAAGCCCUGCCACUCAUGCUUCCAGUUUUACGAUUAUGAGCUUAAAGUUUUGGGUACACAAUUGCAAACUGUCCGCAACACAACUGCGGGACAGACAGGGAAGUUUGAUGUGGAUUUUGGACCUCGGGUGAAUAGUGUUGAAGCUGAACUUCAGCAUAUCCAGAGACUUUCCGGUGGGUCUGGUAUCUCAGAAAGUGAGCUUUUGCGCAUAGAGAACCAUCUGACAAAAAUGAGGGGAGACAUGAGGCAAAUAAAUCCGGACCAGUUUAUGGUGGAUAGUUUCGGUUCUCUUUCAGCUGACAUGAAUUCCUUGGGGUUCAAUUAUAACAAUGUUAAUGAGCUUUACCAGAGGAAAUUGACCCAACAUGGAAACAGCAUCUCUACUAAUGCAUUAGGUUUAUUCAGUACGGUUAAUGCAGCCUACCAAUCAUCUCUUGAGGCAGCUGAGAGGGUGGCAUUGGCUCAGACAACUAUAUCUCAAUCAAGGGAAAGCAGGAGAGGGGUCAAUGGUCUUGAAGGGAAGACUCAAGAAGCAGUGUUUGACCUGGAGACACUAAAAGAUGAGCUGUCCUACCCAAAUCUUACUCCAACCAUCAACAGGAUCUGUGAGGGUGUACGAACAGAGUCCUGCACACCAGAGAACUGCCUUGGAACUGUGUGUCUCAGGAACAAUCUCACAUCAUGCAAGGUGGGAUCCAAUUGCAGAGGGGCAUUUCCUUUGUCAAUGAAUGCACUAAGGAACACAGAAAAAACUGCCAAAGAACUUCAGGACCUGAAUAGCCAAUUGCUGAAGAACACACAGAUGAUACAGGAAGCGGAAAAAACUUCCAAUCAAAUCAAGGAUAGUGCCCAACAGCUGUCAGAACAAGUGACCCGGACCAGAAACCGCAUGGUACAAGAUAUAGGAAGCACCAGACAGUUUAUACAGCAAGUUAGAGACUUCUUGACCGAGCCUUCUACAGAUCCAGCCACUAUCCAAGAGGUCAGCGAGUAUGUGUUGUCACUCAAGCUGCCCGUUGAUGCUUCCUCCCUACAGAGGAAAAUGAGUGAAAUACGUAACAUAGCAGGAAAGUUGCCGAAUAUUGAUGCAGUGCUGUCACAAACAAAAGAGGAUAUUGCCAAAGCAAAGAAACUGCAGAGCGAGGCUGAAGAAGCCAGGAACAAAGCAAUUAAUGUUGAAGAAAAUGUGGAUGGUGUGGUAGGUAAUAUAAGGCAAGCAAGGAAAAUCCUCCAGGAAGCAGAAGAUAAAAUCCGUGGAUCAAGCACUUUGUUGUGGCAAAUCCAGGACCGAAUGCAAGAGAUUGAACAAGUUCUGAGCCCUGUAGAAAGGGGAUUGACAGACAUACACGAUCAACUUGAAAUGUUUACACAGCGAGUGGAGAAAUUGCGCGCAACGACUGUAGAAAGUCUACAGCAGGCUGGUCAGGCCAAGCAAGCAGCUGAGGGAGCUCAUAGGAAAGCAAUGGAUGCACAAGAGGGUCUAGAUGCCAUAAAGGAAAAAUAUGCCUUGUUAAAGAAUCGCUUGGGUCAAGCAUCCAGCCUUGGUGCCCAAGGACAGAAGGUCUCAAAUAUCAAAAUGGAGGCUGAUCAGCUUUUUAAAGAUUCUGAAAAAAUGCUGAAAAGGAUGAACGAAAUUGAAGGUGAGCUUCGAGCACAUCAUCAAUCGGUGCAGAAAAAGAUUUCGGAGCUGCAGGACUUGGAAGAUGAUGUCAGGAGCAUCCGAGAUGACAUUCGUGCUAGAGCUGCCUUUUACGCAACCUGCAAGGAUUAAAACCAGUGAGACGUUGCCAUUUGUCUGUACGAGUAUUUGAACUUUACUUGAAUAUUCAUAUCUCCACUUUUGUACUAAUGGUCAAUAUUUCAAGCUUUUAAGUCAAGAUUCUGUGGGGGAUUUAACAUUCUCCAAAAAGAGACCUUCUGCUUUGGUGUUUUCUUCUAGUUUUUGGAGCCAAAACCAGAAAUGGAUUGAUAUACUGCAUCAAAAUGUCACGUGUCUAUCAGAUCAGUCUUAAAGGGAUUAUCCAGGAAAACACUUUUUUUUUAUAUAUAUCAACA